CGAGGUCACCACUUCCCCACCGCGGCCGGAGGAAGCGGCCGCUCCCGGCACUGGCGGCUCAGUGGCGGCACGAUGGGCAACCUGCCGGCCGUGCUGCCCGGCACUGCCCGCUCCUGCGGCCUCGGCCUCUGCUCCCGGCAGCUCAGCGCCGCGCCCGAGGAGAGCGCCAGCACCGAGCGGAGCAGCUCGGCGCCCACCCGCCCGGCGGACCCCCCCCGCUUCGCCCGGCUGAAGAACUGGGAGACGGGGAGCAUCGGCUAUGACACGCUCUGUGCCCAGGCCCUGCAGGAGCUGCCCUGCUCAGGGCAGCGCUGCCUGGGCUCGCUGGUGCUGCCGCGGCCGCUGCCGGCCCCGGUCCCCGAGGGUGCCCGUCCCGCCGAGGAGCUGCUGGGCCUGGCCCGGGACUUCAUCACCCAGUACUACCUGUCCCUGCGGCGGUGAAACUCCCCGGCGCACGCCCAGCGGCUGCGGGAGGUGGAAGCCGCCAUCGGGGCCACCGGCACCUACCAGCUGCUGGAGCCCGAGCUCGUCUUCGGGGCCAAGCAGGCUUGGCGCAACGCCGCACGCUGCGUGGGACGCAUCCAGUGGAACAAGCUGCAGGUGUUCGAUGCCCGGGACUGUGCCAACGUUGGGGAGAUGUUCAGCUUCCUCUGCACCCACAUCCAAUACGCCACCAACCGCGGCAAUAUUCGGUCGGCCAUCACCAUCUUCCCCCAGCGGAUGCCGGGCCGUGGCGAUUUCCGCAUCUGGAACACGCAGCUGAUCCGCUACGCCGGGUACCGGCAGCCCGACGGCUCCGUGCUGGGGGACCCGGCCAACGUUGACAUCACCGAGCUCUGCGUCCACCACGGCUGGAGCCCCGGCGGUGGCCGCUUCGACGUGCUGCCACUGCUGCUGCAGGGCCCCGAGGAGCCCCCCGAGCUCUUCCCUCUCCCGCCGGAGCUGGUCCUCGAAGUGCCCCUCCACCACCCCACGCUGGAGUGGUUCGGGGAGCUGGGGCUGCGGUGGUACGCGCUGCCGGCCGUCUCCAACAUGCUGCUGGAGAUCGGGGGGCUGGAGUUCCCGGCGGCCCCCUUCAACGGCUGGUACAUGAGCAGCGAGAUCGGCACCAGGAACCUCUGCGACAGCCAGCGCUACAACCUGCUGCCGGAGGUUGCCCUGCGCAUGGGGCUGGACACACGGACGACAUCGUCCCUCUGGAAGGACAAGGCGGCGGUGGAGGUGAACAUCGCCGUGCUGCACAGCUACCAGGUGGCCAAGGUGACGAUCGUGGACCACCACGCGGCCACCGAGUCCUUCGUGAAGCACAUGGAGAACGAGCUGCGGACGCGGGGAGGGUGCCCGGCUGACUGGGUCUGGAUCGUGCCCCCCAUCUCGGGCAGCCUCACCCCUGUCUUUCACCAGGAGAUGGUCAACUACCAGCUCUGCCCCACCUUCCGCUACCAGCCUGACGCCUGGAAGGUCUACGUCUCCAAAGGCACCACCGUCACCAGGAGAAAGACCUUCAAGGAGGUGGCCAACGCGGUGAAGAUCUCGGCUAAGCUGAUGGGACACAUGAUGGCACGCCGGGUGAAGGCCACCAUCCUCUACGCCACCGAGACCGGCAAAUCCCGGACCUACGCCUGGAACCUCUGCCAGCUCUUCCGACGUGCCUUUGACCCCAAGGUGCUGUGCAUGGAUGAGUACGACGUGGUGUCCCUGGAGCACGAGACCCUGGUGCUGGUGGUGACCAGCACCUUCGGCAACGGGGACCCCCCUGAGUGCGCGGAGAGCUUCUCCAAGGCGCUGAUGGAGAUGACUUCGCCCUACACCAGCACCUCCCAGGCUGAGCCACCCAAGAGCUACAAGCUGCGGUUCAACAGCGUCUCGCAGUCGGACCAGCUCGUCGCCUCCUGGAAGAAGAAACGACGGCAGCUGAGCAACACCGACAGCGCUGGCACGCUGGGCGCCCUGCGGUUCUCGGUGUUCGGGCUGGGCUCGCGGGCGUACCCCCACUUCUGCGCCUUCGCCCGGGCGGUGGACACGCGGCUGGAGGAGCUGGGGGGGGAACGGGUCCUGCCCAUGGGCGAGGGCGACGAGCUCUGCGCCCAGGAGGAGUCCUUCCGCACGUGGGCCCGCCUCGUCUUCCAGGCCGCCUGCGAGACCUUCUGCGUGGGGGACGGGGUGGCGGGGGCCGAGGAGCUCUUCGCCCCCCCGCAGGGCUGGAAGCGCCAGAAGCACCGGCUGGUCGGGCAGCCCCAGGCCACAGAGACCCUGGCCGGGCUGUCCCACCUGCACAAGCGCCGGGUGUUCCCCUGCACGGUGCUCUCCGUGGAGAACCUGCAGAGCGAGGAGUCCAGCCGGGCCACGCUGCUGGUGCGGCUGGACUCGGCGGGGCAGGCGGAGCUGCGGUACCAGCCCGGGGACCACCUCGGCGUCUUCCCCGCCAACCGCCCCGAGCUGGUGCGGGGGGUGCUGGGGCGGGUGGAGGACCCCCCGCCCCCCGAGCAGCCCGUCCUGGUGGAGAGCCUGGAGGGGGACCCCAGCGGCGGGGGUCCCCCCCCCCAGCCCUGGGUGCCGCAGAGCCGCCUGCCCCCCUGCACCCUGGCCCAGGCGCUCACUUUCUUCCUGGACGUGGCCGCCCCACCGAGCCCCCGGUUCCUGCAGCUCCUGGCCACGCUGGCACGGGAACCGGCCCACCGCCAGCGCUUGCAGCAGCUCAGCCAGGACGCCCGGCUGUACGAAGACUGGAAGUGGUUCCGGUGCCCCACGCUGCUGGAGGUGCUGGAGGAGUUCCCCUCGGUGGGGCUGCCGGCCUCCCUGCUGCUCACCCAGCUGCCGCUGCUCCAGCCACGCUACUACUCCAUCAGCUCCGCGCCCGGCCCCAGCCCCGGGGAGAUCCACCUCACCGUGGCCGUUGUCACCUACCACAGCGAGAAUGGGCAGGGUCCCCUGCACUACGGCGUCUGCUCCACCUGGCUGGCGCGGCUGCAGCCCGGGGACACGGUGCCCGCCUUCAUCCGAGGGUAAGGGGCCCCCUCGUUCCGGCUGCCGCCCGCCCCCGAGACCCCCUGCGUCCUGGUGGGACCCGGCACCGGCGUCGCGCCCUUCCGCAGCUUCUGGCAGCAGCGGCUGCACCAGCUGCGGGCCGGAGGUGGCCCCCUGGGCAGCAUGGUGCUGGUGUUCGGCUGCCGCUCCUCCGCCCUGGACCACAUCUACCGGCAGGAGAUGCAGGAGGCGCAGGAGGAGGGGGCCCUCAGCCAGGUCUUCACCGCCUUCUCCCGCGAGCCGGGAACCCCCAAGACCUACGUGCAGGACGUGCUGCGGACGCAGCUGGCUGCGGAGGUGCACCGGGUGCUGUGCCAGAGCGCCGGGCACAUGUACGUCUGCGGGGACGUGACGAUGGCCACCGAGGUGCUGCAGACGGUGCAGCACAUCCUGGUGCAGCAGGCCGGCAUGACGCUGGGGGAGGCGGGGGACUUCAUCAGCGAGCUGCGGGACAAGAACCGCUACCACGAGGACAUCUUCGGCCUCACCUUCCGCACGCAGGAGGUGGCCUUCCGCAUCCGCAGCCAGUCCUUCUCCAUGCAGGAGCGCCGGCAGCUGGGCCCGACCCCCUGAGCGCGCCGGGGCAGGAGGGGGCCCCCACGGCUGCUCCCCCGGCCCGCUGCAGGCAGCGCCGCCUCCCCAGUAAAGGUUUAGUUUUGAUA